AUGGAAGGAGUCAACUGGACAUCCAGGAAAGAGUUUGUUCUGCUGGGAUUUUCAGAUUACCCAAAGACUGAAAUGCUCAUCUUUAUUUUAUGUCUAAUAAUGUACCUGGUGAUUCUAAUGGGAAAUAGUAUUAUAAUUGUUCUGACUAUCCUAGAUUGUCACCUUCACACACCAAUGUACUUUUUCCUCAGUAAUCUCUCCUUCUUAGAUAUCUGUUUUACAUCUUUUUUUGUCCCUAAAAUGUUGACCAACUUCUUAUCAGAAAGCAAAACCAUCUCGUUCUGUGGAUGUAUGAUCCAAAUGUAUAUCACCUUGUCCAUGGGUGCUACAGAAUGUGUGCUUCUUGCUACAAUGGCCUAUGACAGGUAUGUGGCCAUCUGUAAUCCUCUCAGAUACCCUAUAAUCAUGAAUAAGAGACUCUGUGUGCAACUGGUGGUUACUUCCUGGGUGAUAGGCUUUCUCGAUUCAGCUAUGGAAACAGCUCUUAUAAUUGGGCUGCCCUUUUGUGGGAAAAACAUAAUUAAUCAUUUUGCUUGUGAACUUUUAGCAAUCCUAAAGCUCGUCUGUGUGGACAUUUCCUUGAAUGAGAUUAUUUUGUUAAUAGACAGCAUAACAUUUGUAUUCUCCCCAUUACUUUUAAUUAUUACCUCCUAUAUUUUUAUUCUCUCUGCAAUCCUGAGAAUUAAUUCUGCAGAAGGGAGGAAAAAAGCCUUUUCUACUUGUUCAUCACAUUUGACUGUGGUGACUGUGUUUUAUGGGACAAUUCUCUUCAUGUAUAUGAAGCCCAGGUCCAAAAAUUCAAUUGCAGACAAAUUUAUAACAUUGUUCUAUUCAUUGGUGACCCCCAUGCUGAACCCCAUCAUCUAUACUCUAAGGAACAAGGAAGUGAAUAGAGCUAUGAGAAAUGUGUUAAAAAGACUUAUAUUUGUGAGGGGCCUAUGA